AUGGCAUCUCCCACUUUGUUUCGUACUAACGGAACACUUUCAUGCCCUCUCUUCAAAACAUGGUGCUAUGUCGUUACAAUGUACGAGGAAGACACCUUCCACUUCUUGGACGACAGAAUUGAUACAAGCGGUGUUCACUGCGUAGACGCCAACCAAAUAUCCUAUCAUCUUAUUGGAGACCAAAAUGGUGACGGCUUUUAUAACCACUACUAUGAGAUCGCGUUAAGCGUCACCCACAAUUGUACUACCAAACGUCACAACAUCAGAACUAUUCGCAACAAAGUGUAUUACGCCAAGAUCACAUCCGAAGAAGUCUUCCAUAACUGGAACGUCCAACUAAUCGAUGAGGGAGAACGUGUUCCUGACUUCGAAUGA